GUUGUAGGUAUUGUAGGUAUUGUGGGUAUUUUGUUUAGUUAUUUUGAAAUUGACCUUGUUGUUAAGGAAGUUAUUUUUGGAAACUUAUUUUGCAUUUGAAAUUAAUUUGGAUUUUUCUUUUUGGUUAAGACUUUGUUCCUUCUAUUUUUUGCCAUGUUUAAUUAUAUUAUUGGGCUUGGAUGAUUGCCCUUUUGUAAGUUUAAAUAAAUAUUUGUUUACAUUUCAAAGUUGUGUAUUCAUACUGCCUCUGUUUAAUUUGGCUACAAAAUUUGUGGUGCCUAUUAGUAGGCUGACCAUUACACUGGUGUCAGAAGUGGGAUAGCCAGAAGAGAGCAGUAGGGAUUUAUUUUUUUUUUGUUUGUUUUAUUUUUAACUCUCCACUGCAGUCAACAGUGGCAUAGUGUCGGCUCAGAAUGGCUCCUAAAAAGGUGCGGACGGAUCAAGCUGAGGUGGAGGAACCCGGUAGAGCUGUUGGGGAAGGUGAUGUUAGUGAAGUGGAACUGGGGAGCGUCACUGAGGAUGUCUCACUUGCAGAGUUGAGAGACCUGUUCCGUUCACAUUUCGCACAGCAGCAGGCUCGAGACCGUCGCCUGGAGCAAGAGGCUGACCGACAGGAUGCUCGGUGGAGAGCAAUGCAGCAUCAGUUCUCUCUUCUGCAGCAGGAAGUGCAUGUAAGGACGACGCCAGAUCUACGGCCUGGUAGUGAUAUUCAGACUGGCCUUUUAUCACAACCAACAGUCCAGCGAGUGCCCUCAGUGUUACGGGAUACAUCAGUCAGCCGACAGAUGGAAUCACCAGCUGCAUCUCCACUGGAAGGCCAAGGCCAGAGUCCAUUGAGAAUUGAGAGAGAGCCACACCUGCAACGACUGAGUGAGACAGAUGACGUAGAGCAUUAUUUAGCUACUUUUGAACGAAUAGCGAUGGCGUGUCGGUGGCCAACAACCGACUGGGCAGUUAGGUUAGUGCCCCUCUUGUCGGGCAAGGCUAGGGCUGCAUAUGUAUAUAUGGACAUGGUAGACUCACUUGAUUAUGACAAAGUCAAAGCAGCCAUUCUUGCUAAGUAUGACAUAAAUGCAGAGACUUAUCGGCUUCAGUUCCGGUCAACAGAAGUGAAGGAGGAUGAAACCCCAAAAGAGUUGUAUGCCAGACUAAAAGAAAACUAUGCCAAGUGGGUGCAGCCACAGCAUCAUACUAAGGAGGAGAUUGGGGAGACAGUCAUUUUGGAGCAGUUUUUGCGCAUGUUGGCCCCUGAUCUGCAAGUAUGGAUUAAGGAAAGAGGCCCUGUCUCUGCUGCAGAAGCCGCCAACUUAGCAGACACCUUUGUGGCAGCGCGACGCAAGACUCAACCAUGGACAUUCAAGCGUUGGAAGGGGAGUAAAGAUUCCAACAAGUUCCAACACUCCUUCCCCACUACAGUAAGAGCCAUCCAUGAAGACUGAUGCUUCUAAUACUGGCAUUGGGGCAGUGCUGUUGCAAGGGGCACUGGGAGAUAGACAUCCAGUGGCCUAUAUAAGUCGCAAGUUGUAUCCCAGGGAGGUGAGAUACUCCACCGUUGAGAAGGAGUGCUUGGCCGUUAAAUGGG